UUUUCUGGCAUUGUCUUGAAUAUGUCGAGGCCUUCUCUGAGUUGUUAUCAGAACACCAUCCUUAUAUAAACUCCUAAAGAGAUUACACCUGAGAUGAAUUUUAAGUUUGAUGAGUACAUAAAAGCAUUUUCUGACAUUGACAGGGCCAUUAGAUUUGUGCAACAUAAUUUGCAUAGUUGUUUUGGUGAGGCUUUGAGGCAGCCUAGAGGAGAAGAUAGAAAUGUUGGCUUAUCAUGUUUAGAAGAGGUUGAAGGUGCAACUAUGUAUGUCACAAAGCAUGAAUCUCACAGAUUGGAAUCUACCUGUCAGAACUCAGAAGAUUGAAUUUGCAGUCAAGGAUGAAGAUUCUACGACUAUAGACACUGAAGCUCUUGGACUUCUAGGCUGGCUAGCAUCUUCCCAAGCUAUUAAAGAGCUAAACACUGAUGAUGAACUUGUCCAAGAAGCAAUUCUUAGUUCUAUUUUGUCUACAAAAUCCUACAAGCAAGCCUUGGAGAUUGCUCAUUUGGAUUAUGAGAAUGCCUCCCAACAGAAAUGCCUAGAUAUUCUUGAUUCUAUAUGUGAUGAUGAAAAGUUUGUUGAGUUAAGGGAGCAAACUUCAUGGCCUACUUAUUUUGAUGAUAAAGUAUCUGAUGCAUUAGGCAAUGUAAUUCAGUGA